AUGCUUCACCUGGAGAGAGCAGCAGCCAAUGGCGGUGCUACCGUCAGUCCGCCUCUACCGCAGGUGGCAGGCUACGUUGUGGUGAUUGCAAUCGGCUUCCUGAUUGCCUUCAUCAUGAUGUUCACGACCCACUUGCUCAAGAAGACGGUUGGCGAAGACAACAGGACGACGGAGAUGUUCAUGACGGCGAACCGCUCUGUCGGAACGGGGCUGACGGCUUCAGCCGUGGUAUCAUCGUGGCUCUGGAGCACGGCCAUGUUGGGAAGCACGCUGGUAGGAUACAACUUUGGAGUUGCGGGACCGUUUUGGUUUGCUGCUGGAUGCUCGCCCAUGAUUGUCUUUUUUGCACUGCUGGGCAUUGCGUGCAAGUUGCGGGUACCUGAAGCUCACACAUUGCUCGAGAUUGUGAGAGUACGGUAUGGCACUGCGGGACACAUUGUGUGGAUUGCCCUGUGCUUGAUCAACAACAUCAUUGCCAUUGCCAACAUGCUCCUCGGGGCGAGUGCAGCCAUAUCAGCGCUCACCGGCAUGCAUGAGAUUGCGGCAACCUUUCUGCUCCCUGUCGGCGUCAUUCUCUAUACCUUCGUCGGCGGCAUCAAGGCAACCUUUUUGACCGACUACUUCCACACUUUUGUCAUCACAGUCAUCAUCUGCUUCUUCACGAUCAAGACUUUUACUGUUCCCGAGAUUGGCUCUCCGGGAGGCCUUUACGAUCUCGUUGUCAAGGCUGGCCAGGUCCAUCCCGUGCCUGGGAACCAUGAUGGCUCCUAUGUGACAAUGACCAGCAAGAACGCCAUCCUCUUUGGCAUCAUCCACAUCCUAGCCAACUUUGGCCUCGUCAUCAUGGACACUGGCUUCUUCGCAAAGGCCUUCAGUGCUGCCCCUCAAGCGGUCGUCCCCGGAUACAUCGUCGGCGGCAUUGCCUACUUUGCAAUCCCCUGGUGUCUCGGUACUCUGAUGAGCUUCUCAGCUCUUGGCCUAGAAAGCACACCACGCUUUCCCACUUUCCCCCGAAGAAUGACUGCCGAUGAAGUGUCCAACGGGCUGGUCAUGCCGUAUGCUGCUUUUGCCAUUGCUGGAAAAGGAGGAGCCGUCGCGGUUCUGUUGAUCACGUUCAUGGCUGUCACGUCAACCAUCAGCGCCCAGGUCAUAUCCGUCUCUUCCAUCAUCAGCUUUGACAUUUACCGACAGUACUUCAACAAGGCCGCAACGGACAGAGAUGCCAUUCGAUGGAGCCACAUCGGCGUCGUCUUCUUCGGACUGUUCUCCGCGGCCUUCUCAACGGCUCUCUUCUACGGAAACGUGAACCUCGGCUGGACGCUGUACAUGCUCGGCGUCUUGACAUGCCCCGGCAUCUUCCCCACCGUCUUCACCAUUCUCUGGAAGCGACAGUCUCGGGCUGCCGCCGUCAUCUCCCCCCUUCUGGGCAUGGCCACUGGCAUCUCUGUCUGGCUCGGCACGGCACAUACGCUGUAUGGCGAGGUCACUGUGGCUUCGACCGGACAGACCGUGCCCUGUGUCUACGGAACUGUCGCAUCAGCGCUAAGCCCUGGGCUUUAUUCCAUCGUCAUCUCGCUCAUUAGGCCGGCCAAUUAUGACUGGGCAGACUUCCGAAAGGAGCGGCUGGCGUUUAGCAGGACAAACAGCCCGAGCUCUUCGGAACCCCAGGCUGCUGCUGAUACCAAGGAGCCUGCGGUGACAGAAUCGGGCUACUUGGAGGAUGCGGCCAGGUUUCGUAAAUGGGGAAAGAUUGCUGCCUUUUGGGCAGCGGCCACAUUCUUGGGCCAUUGGGUACUCUGGCCGCUUCCAAUGUACGCUUCUCACUACGUCUUUUCCAAGGGUUUCUUUGUCGCUUGGAUCGUCGUCGCCAUCAUUUGGGUCUGGUGCACAAUGUUGAUUGCUGGGUUCUAUCCCAUCAUUGACGGGCGGAAACAAAUCCUGCUGGUGUAUCGCGGACUGAGAGGAAUCAGAAGAGUGACGACGACAUUUUCAAACUCGCGCGCGAUAUAA